CCAACAUUCCAUUCUUACCUCACUUGCCCCACCUACUUCGCUGAGGAGUUCAUAGCGAUUGACUGCUCUGGUUGCUGAAUCUCUAGAGACAGCUGAAUCAAGGACAUUUUGUUUUUAGUCAGAAGAAGACAAGAUGGUGUCUUUUCAAAACCACAGUGACCCCAUUGGCACGAAAACAGCCUUCCAGGAUAUUUCUGCCUACUUUUCUGAUGAAGAGUGGGGAAAGCUGACCAAAUGGCAGAAAAGUGCCUACGUGUAUAUGAAAAGGAACUACAUCAGAAUGACUGGCCUAGGGGUCACAGUGAACCAACCAGUUUUCAUGCGUUGCAAGGAGCAGGCCAAGCAGUCUGUGGUCGAAUGUAUUGAAGUUCAUGACAGUGAAGAUGAAUGUUCUGAUGAAACCUAUGGUGUGCCACCGAGGAAACGGAUGAAGCUGGCAUCAGUGACCAUAAGUAUUCAUAAUGUGAAAGGAAGACUUGCCUCUGGAAAGAAUGGUUCUAAUUUGGCAGGAGCUGGUGGUAUUCAGGUAAAUGCUUGGAGCCACCGACUGCGAGAGAGGAAGACUCGAGUGAUAUAUGAAGAGAUUAGUGAUCCCGAAGAAGAUGAUGAAGAUUGAAUUAAGAGUCGAAAUAAGCCCACGGUGGAAGAAGAUGUGGUGGGAACUGAGGAUCACAGCUACAACUUUGAAAGACUAAAUAUCAGCGCUAUAUAUACAUACAUAUUUAUUUAUUUAUUUAUAAAACUUUAGUGCAGUUAUGAAUUA